UGGUAAUAUAAGUAUAUAUAUUCUCUCUAAUAAUAUGCACAAGGAUACAACUCAAUAAAGGCCGUUGAAGUAGAAAAGAUGGUAACAAUAAUGUCAAUUUCAAGGUACACCUGGUCCUUCUAAGCAAACUAACGUUUCCCACUUUAUAUAACUUGAACCCUGUUUGCUUCAUAUUAUAUAUACUCGUAGCAUUGUAGCAGCAAGCAUCACCUUACCUCUCUUCUACACAAAAAUCAUUUUGAUGUCGGGUGAAGGCAGAAAAAAGAAAAACAAGAAUGAGGGACGGAGUAGGUUCAGUGACGAACAAAUCCAGUUCCUUGAGUACAUGUUCGAGACACAAUCUAGGCCCGAGUUAAGGAUGAAGCAACAACUUGCGAACCAAAUUGGGCUUCAGCCUCGACAAGUGGCAAUAUGGUUCCAGAACAGAAGGGCCCGAUCAAAGUCAAGGCAGACUAAGCAAGAGUAUGACAACCUGAAGCACACCUAUGAGACGUUGGCGUCUAAAUCAGAAUCUUUGAAAGAAGAAAACCAGGAUCUACUUACACAGUUACAUAUGCUAAGAGAUCUAGCAAAAACUCAAGAAGGGGGCAUCACCAACAAGAGCUGCAACGACGAAUGUGGUAACAUAACCCUAUCACAGGCAGAAAAUUCAUUGGCAAACUAUAGACAUGAAAUUAGCCUCCCGUUUUAUGCUGGCACUUCAUAUGUUGGAGAAGAUGAUAGAAUUUUAGAAAAUGAAGAACAUAUGGGCAGCUUUGGUUCUGAGCGUCCAAGCUGGUGGCAGUUUUGAGCGCAGUUUUUUUUUUUUUUGAUGAACUAUAAUUCUUGGAUACGGUUCGAGCGUUUAUAUAUUUCAGAAGAGUGCUACACUUGUUUCCAUGAUGUUGUUUACUGAAUGCAUUACUGGUUAAAGAACAUUUA